UGACAUGCAUCACUUAUAGUCUCCACCCGACCAGAUGAGCAGUAAACGAUGACAGCAGUUACCACAGAUUUCUGCACAGAGAUGAUUCACAUCAGUUCUCAUGUCAAGAUUGCGUCCAAUAUGCUGACUCAUGAGUUUCCAUGGUCAGACCACAUCCUUUGACUUCAAGAGAUAAAGACGAGUGAGAGCACUGAGGGGGGGCUUCAGUGCAUCUCACCAUCACAUCAAAGAGAGAGAAAAGAAGACAUGUCCUGCCUGGGGGCUUUCACCGGUCUCUACUCCUGCAUGGUCCUCCUCAUUGUCCACUCAAGUGAUGGCUCUGAGAUUAUCAGAGGGACAGAAGUGAAGCCCCACUCGCUGCCGUACAUGGCUCUGCUUCAGGCAACCAGACCAGUAUGUGGAGGGAUACUGAUCGAUAAAUCAUGGGUCCUGACUGCAGCCCACUGUAAAGACAUUAAGACCGUGUUGCUUGGGGUGCAUUCCAUCAAGGCAAAUGAAGACAAGUCCAGGCAGGUCAUAAAGGUUAAGAAGAGUGUUCCACAUCCCUGCUAUGAUAACGUUACAAAUGUCAAUGACCUCAUGUUGCUCAAGCUUGGCAAAUCUGUGAAGGAAACCGACACGGUGAAGUGUCUUAAGUUGGGUGAUGCCAUCAAAGAACCAGCAGCUGGGACCAGCUGCUUGGUGGCAGGAUGGGGCAAAACCAACCACAGAGUUAAGAAAAUGUCAGACGUCUUGAUGUCCGUCAAUGUGACUGUAAUCGACAGAGUGAAGUGCAACUCUGCUGAAUAUUACAACUGCAAACCAGUGAUCACCAGUGGCAUGAUAUGUGCCGGUUCAGAUGGGAAGAAUACAGCUGACACUUGUCAGGGGGAUUCAGGAGGCCCACUGGUGUGCAGCGGAGGGCUGGUUGGAGUCACUUCUUUCGGAAGAGGGUGUGGCCUGAUUAGAAAGCCAGGAGUGUACUCGUAUCUCACAGUGAAACAACUCAAAUGGAUCAAAAAGACAAUGAAGAAGUCUGACAUUUAAUGAGCACCCGCUCUGAAGGAUUUUGCAUUUGCAACCAUAUUAAUCGAUUCUAUGUGAGGUGAUACGAGGGAGAUUUCUGCUUCUGCUGUAACAAAACAGGACAAGGUGAUUUUAUUUUGAAAUCUAAACUGGAGAGACAUGUGUUUAUCAUAACAGAAAAUCGUCUUCCUGUAUAAAGAGCCUUAUUUGAAACUGAGGCUUCAGCUCAAGUCUUGUGGAAAAAAAGUGUUGCAAUAAAGAUCAAUUCUGGGCCAUGAUGUUUUUUCUUAUCCAGUGAUUCUCAACUGGUGGGUCGUGACCCAAAAGUGGAUUGUGGACCCGUUUCCAGUGGGUCGCGGGCCUUUGCCUGGUCCACCAAAAAAUGUAUAAAAAAUUCCUGUGCUUUUAUUUAGAAGGAUUUUUUUAUGCAGCGGAGUGCCGUCUCAUAAACCUCCUUAACAGUAUGUUGUAUUACCUUGUGUCACUAAGAUGCACUUUUUGGUUUUUAAUUAAAAUGAAGCUAAUUGAGUGUAAAAGGGAUAAGGUAAUCAGAAGAAACAGUUAAUUUUGUGUACUUGAAUCUUUUUGAAUUUAACUUUUUGUUUAUUUUAUUUAUAGUUUGUGGAUAAAAGCUGCAACUCAAGACACUGACUGUUUUCCAUGGUGCAGUGUAGGUUGUCAUAGAUUUAGUGAGUGAGUUUCUCAGCUGAAGCUUCAUAAUUUGAGUCUUAUUGAAACUACUUCUUAGUAGUAGGACCUUUUUAUUUCAUGGUUGUGCAUGAAAGCGCUAUUGAGUCUGUUAAAACCGGCUGAAAUUACUGAGUUGCUAUGUAUGUUGUGUUACCUUGUGUCCUUAAAAUGCACUUUUUGUUUUUAAUUGAAAUUGCAGCAAAUUUAGUUUAAAAGGGAUAUUUCCCUCUCUAGCAUCGCCACCUGCUGGUCGUUUUUGUUUAUCAUUAGACUUGUUUUCUCUGGUUUCAGGGUCCUAAGAUGAGGGUUCAAAUAAAAACCGAUCAUUUUUUA